AUGGGUAUUCCGUAUAUAGGUGGGAAAUAUCCGAAAUCGUCGUUGGCUCUCAGCUUAACAAUCACUUCUCUACUACUAUGGGCUACUUUCCAACAUAAACCACAUCUCGUUUUGAGCUUCGAUGAAGGUUAUACAACCACAAAUGCUCCAUCCAUCAAAGAACUUCAAGCUCAAAUUGAUUUUUUUGACAACCAGGGAACUCCUUGGUACAUGGCAUUGUUCGCAGAACCCCGAGCUGAGAACGGUUCUAUGAUAGAAUCAAAUGAAUUCCACGAGUUCAAGAGAUUUUAUCGAAGCAUCAAGUCUAACAUUACAAUUCGCUCAGUCAUUGAAGAAGAUAGGCAAGCUAAUUUGACUUAUAUGGAUUACUGUGGAUCAAUGUGCAACUUCAACGAAGUCAUUUUCAAAACAUUUUCGAUGGCUUGGUUCGGUUUUGACUGGCCGGUAACUAAAAUUAUCAGUUAUCAAUCAAACAUAGGAAAAUACUUUUUUCAACGAACAAUGAAUGGAGAUUCUAUAGAAUCAGCUAAACUGGCUGCUUUGUAUUUCAUGGUUUUCAUUAACAGUACCGAAAUGAGUGGAGAUCUUCGAGAAUUCGAACGAUUAGUUCAAAUUGAAGUUGAAAAACAUAAUGCUGAUCCAACUACUAAAACUAUUCUCACCCAGCACGGAGCCCGAGGAAUGGAGUUAGAAAUAGAGAGAGCAACCAACACAGCACAACAAUUCUUGUUAACAGGUUUGGUAAUCUUCAUUGUUAUUUGCUUUGUAUCACUUGUUGUUCUGAGUUGGUCUCAGAAACGGUUAUCUGGCUGCAUUGUGUUCGUAGCAACGGCUGCAAUUGUACUUGUUCCAAUCUCUUCGCUCAUAUGUACAAUGGGAAUAUUUGGAUUAACAGGAUGGCAUGUGAAUACCCUGUCUAUUAUAACAGCCAUAUUCAUAUUCCCGUACAUUUUGAUCAACGUGUUCCAACUCUUUAAUGUUUGGCUCAUCAGAAGUAACUUGGAUCAAUCAGUCGAUGCUCAAACACUUGAUAAUACCUUAUCCAUGGGUGGACAUUUCAUUUUCACGAAUGUCAUUUAUUCUCUGAUCAUACUUGUGGCUGGGUUCCUGUUUUUCAUUCCAGAGAUAGGUAACCUUCUCAAGUUUAUUGGAAUUUCCAUCUUUUUCGCUCAUUUUCAUAUUAUGCACUUACUUUUACCGUUCCUUCUUUGGUGUACACCAUUAACAACUCACAAAAAGCUACAGGAUUCAGAAAAAGCUAACAACGGAUGUGCAGAGCUGAACCAUUCGUUCACACAUAGAACAAUCAUAACUGCUUUCUCGAAAACUGUGAGAAAGAUGAAAAAAGUUUCUCUCACAACUGCCAGCUCUCUGCUCAUCAUUAUAGGCUGUCUGUCUAUCUGGGGAUUCACUCAGGCUCACGGUAAUUUGGAUUAUCGUCAUUUGCUUCUGCCUGAUUCACCUAACAACAAAGGUGUACACCUUAUGAGUGAUGUCGUAUGGCCUGAUUUCCUUCAUAUUCUGUUCAUUAUGGAAAGCCCACCUGAUUUUGAAAACCCAGUCGAAUACCAACAAUUCAAGGGCUUCACAAGAGAAAUUCAAGAAAUACGAGGUGCCAUUGGACCAGAAUCUGAUAUGGUUUGGACUUUCGACUACGAGCGCUUUAGUGAAUCACCAUCUGAUGCUAGAGUUUUAAACAUGAGCAUGUUCAAAUCUUUCAUCACCCAUGAAGUGUACAACGCCUGGGCAUCUGGACUUCGUUAUAAAAUGGAUGGGGACAAACCUAUUAUAACAAAAAUGAUUUACAUGGUUGGCAUAAAUGGAACAACUACAAUGGCUGACAAAGCUCAGUUGAUGGCAGAUUGCCGAAGAGUCUCUUCUCACUACCCUCAGUUCAAAGCGAUUCCAUUUGACACUGAAGUCGGGAUGACAGAUGUUAUAACACAAGUACCAGAAACACUCAUAUGGGUUCCCGCAGUGAUCAUAAUGAUUCAAACUCUGACGAUGUUCAGUAAGAAAUGGAUAGUUGAAUCGGCUGUGUUCCAGUUCAUUUCGUUUGGAGGAGCUAUACUGAUGCCUGCUCUCUUUGGUAUUACAUUCAAUCCAUUCUCCGUAGCUCUGGGCAUCUACUUAUCUGUCUUCUCAAGUAUUAUUCCUCGCCAUAUGAUUCAAUUCUUCGUGCAUUCUCAACAAGUUGAUGAUGAAGAGCCAGAAGAAGCCUACACGGAAAGAAAGAAAGUACGAAAAGCUGAAGAAGCAUUGGAACGAUCGUGGUUGCCAUCAAUUUUGGGUGUCAUCGUAUGCACAUGCAUAUUCCUUCCAUUCUUAUAUUGUCCUGUUUUGAUUUUCUAUAAUCUGGCUAUUAUCAAUUUCAUAUUCUUAAUAAUCUUUUUCAUUGUUAUAUCUUUUAUUUUACCAGUCUUUCUAUUGGUUUUUAGAGGUACGGAUUACUGA